UCCAUUGUCCUCUCUUUUACUCGUCUCUUCUUCUCUCGCCGCUCUCUCGCCGCUGUUUCGUCACUCUCUUGUCUGCCUUGUCUGGCGUGCAGUUCUGCGCUCUCUGUGUUCAGUGUUGUCGAAGUUACGGAGCUUCUUUUUUCGCUGCUUUGCCUCUUCUCUGCUCUCGUCUCUCCGUCCUCUGUCUGUCGUGUGUCUUCUCCUUCAGACGUCCUGUUCUCCACUCUUUGUUCUCCCAUGUUAUCUCAAUUUCUCUCUUGCUGUGCCGUAUUAGGUCUCUCUAUUGAGACCCCCUGUCUCGUCGAGCUCUGUCAGCUUCCUUUGCUUUUCUUCGUCUGACUCUUGAAGGCCCUCCGUUCCUCCGCCGUUUUCUCAUCUCGUCUGUCUUUCUUCCGGAUUGACUGUUCUCCGGUGUUUCCAGCGAGCCGUGGGCGCAGGUCAAGGCGUCUACACUGAAUCGCAUGAACUGUUUUUGUUUUGCUCAGGCUCUGAGCGUUCCGCGGUGCUCCUUCAGAACGGACCACAGGAAAGAACACACUGAUGCAAGGGAUCUGUUUUCUCUCGGAGUAAAUUUAGAGUUCCGCUUCUCGAUGGUCGCUUCCAUCUCCCCAGAAGCUCUUGCUUUGAAACGCGAGGACCAGGUCAAUCGUUUACUCAGAGUGAAGCGAACGCAGUUCCGGAGCGCUAUUCAAACAACUGGAGCCUCUUGCUCCUCCUCGAUUUGAGUUAUGCAGAUUCAGGAAAGCGCGUUCGCUUCUAAAUCAGUGACAACGGUUGUUGUUCCAGAGAGUUGUGCCGGAGCGAGUCGGGCGGCAUCCGUGAGUCUCGCUCUGCAUGAUGAUUCCUAGAGAAGCCGAGAGACGGAAGGAAGAAGGAAACGAAAGAGCGGAGACGAGCGUUGUGUGCGCAUCUGUGGAGGUUUGGGUCCCGGUUGCCUCUGAGGAUUACAGGGAGCUUCCCUAGAAGGCGAUCUUUGGAUGCUUCUGAAAAAAAGUGACGGCGCAGGCUUUCGCGUCCUGAAAUUUCUUCUUCAUCAGAUGGUCCAACAUGGCGUCGUCUGCGUUGCCCUGCGCUUCGCUUUCCUUUGGUCUUGCCGCCCAGAUGUGGUGUCUUUCCUUCUUCUUCUUCCCUCCGUAACGGGUCGUCUUCUGGGUCUCUCCUCCCCGCUUAAAUUUCUCACAGAUCCGCCUUUCUUCUCCCCUGUCUUUCUGGGAGACGCGAGACCGUUUUCGCCUCUUCUUGGGAGGCGUGGUAUCCUCUUGUGCCGGCGUCGUUCGUCCUUCGUUCCUCUCAAGCAGCCUCUUGCCGGCAUGACGCGAAACGCGCUUCUCCUGCUCGUGAUUCUCUCGGUACUCCACUCGGUCGCGUCAACUCCGUCCUCGAUUCCCCACAGACGCCGCGAGCUGUCUCCGUCUUUCCGCGUCUCGAGCCUGGCGCCGACUCCACGCAGCUGCCUCGGAUCAACCAGUCGGUCGCCCUCGAGGGGCGCUUCGCGCGCCUCAGGUCGGGGACUCCGGGGCCUUCUGUCUCCGUGUGCUGUGUCUCGUCCCGUCUCGCCUUCGCCUUCCACUUCAUGGCCUGCUUCCGCUUCAUCUCUCUUUCCGCGAUCGGCUGCGUCGCUCUGCUCGUUGGCUUCUUCAAUUUCGUCUGGCGGCGUCUGCGGUUUCUGUUCGCCUCCUUUCCUGAAUUCGUCUCGCGUUCCUUCUCCGUUUCUGAGACAGCCUUCUUAUUCUCCCACCGUCGGUCGCUCUGCGUCGGUGGCUUCUUCCGGGUCGUCGCCACUGCAUCUGUCUUUUUUCUCUUCCUCGCCUUCAGUGUCGGCUUCGCCGUUCCUUCUUCCUGCCCUCUGUGCCGUUUCUUCUCUCUCGUCGCGCCUCCCUUUCUCUCCCUCCCGUCGGUCGGCCUCCCGCUCGUCUGCUGUCUUUUCAUCUCCCCGCGCGAGUUCUCUGUCGCCCUCUGCGGAGAGUCUGUCGCGUCGUCUGGGUCUCUCUCGGCGGGUGAGUGCCGACUUGUGGCUCCGCGUCUCUGAUUUCUCGCUGUCGAUUUCUGGAAACGCUCUGGUCUCCGACGCCAACUUGCUUCUGAGAGGAGGCGAGCGCGUUGCCCUCGUAGGCCCCAACGGAGCCGGCAAGACGAGUUUCCUCCGGGCCAUCAAGGCCGCGGCAGAGCGCCAGCGCAGAGGCACCCUGCCGCUACCACCCCGCUGCCUCCUGCAGAGUCUCCGAGCCGUCGAGCGCUCCGGGGACUGCAAGGAAGGGAGGGAACGCGGCACGCGUCGCGAGGAUUCUUUUGAAAGGGCCUUUCCUGCGCCGCGUUUUCGGCGGCAAGACGAAGGCGAAGCCGGGGAAGGAGAGCGCGGCGAACGCGAGAAACAGGAAGUGAGUUGCGACGUCCAAAUAGCAGGCGCGAUUGCCUUUUCACGGCCCGAUUUGCGGGUGGGGUUGCUGAAACAAGAAGGCCUCGAAGCUCUGACUGACGCGGAGAGAGAACGCACCGUGGAGGAAGAAGUCGAGCGCGAGGCGCGGCGGCGCCGGAGCGAGAUUGAGGCCGCCAUUGAGGCUGUCAGUAACAGGAUCGACCGGCUUUCGCGAGGUGCGAACGUCGAGGAUAGCAGGCCUCGCGAUGCAGGUCAAGACGCCGAAGAGCAGGGCGAGUCUGGCGAGGUCCUCACGCGUCCUCUGAGCCACGGACCGAGGAAGCCGAGACCUGUACGCGAGGCAACCGAGCUUGGACGGCUGUCUGCCGACGCAAGCGAGGCCCCCGCCGGGCCGGAGGCGGGAGACGCCACCGGCGAAGACUCGCAGCUCGCCUCUCUCCUGGACCUUCUGGCCUCUCUGCAGGAAGAAGAACUUUCUUUACAUGCGUCGAGGCAUGACUUGUUUCUCCUGCAAGUGUUGCAGGAGACAGGAUUCGCGACGGACUGCGAGCGGCGCCAGACCCUGGGGUCGCUGAGUGGGGGCGGUCGGAUGCGCGUGCAGCUGGCAAAGGUCUUGGCGGGGCAGCCUGACAUUCUUCUUUUGGACGAACCAAGCAACCACUGCGAUUGGGCGGCGACGGACUACAUUGCGCGGCUGCUCUCUCGUCUCCCGCAUCCACAGCUUCUCGUUUCCCACGAUCCCCGUCUUCUUCUCUCUUCGCCGCCGAGUCGAGGCGCCGAGGGCCCUCGCGCCCUCUGCACCCAUGUCGUCGAGCUCGUCAGUGGUCACUUGAGCGACAAGGUGCAGGGGGAUUUCUCGGACUUCGAGCGGAAGCGCAACGCCCGGACGCGCCAGUGGAUGGAUCGCAAAGAAAAGGUGCAGGCGGAGCUCGAGUUCCGCAGGCGCCGCGUACACAAGUGGCGUCUGAUGGAGCAGAAGGAAGGACCCAAACUCGCGAGGAAACGCGGUGGCGAGGGCCUCAAACUUCGCACGAGAGAGGAAGCGGAGAAGAUUCAGGAACUGGAGAAACAGCUGAAAGAAGAAGAAAGCCACGAACCCCCCUGGGAAACGUGGAGAAAACAAAGAGGUCAUGGACUCAGAAUCCAGUUCGCAGACGUAGACGAAGAGGGCGAAGUCCUCCUGCGACUCUCCCAUGCAAGUGUAGGCUACUGGCCCGACGACCAAGGAGACCAAGAAACGGAAAACGAAAAGGGAGAAGAAGGCGAAGAAGCGAGAGGAGAAGCAGAAGAAGGCCAGACUGAGGCGCGGGGGAACCCCGUAGGCGACGACGGGACCGCGAGCAGUUGCACAAGAGAGACCAACGGACCCCAAGGCCCAGGAGGCGCAGAGGAUCCCCGAGUGGGGUCGCGAGGCCCUGACGAGACCCACAAAGAGACACCGGGAUACGCCGAAGGAGACAGUUCUGGAACGGGUGUUGAAGCGCGGAGAGACGACGCGCAACAGGCUUCUCUCCAGGAAGGCCUUUGCCACAGUGUGGAAGAACGGCGGAGACGUAGAUCGUCUCAGAAGCCCCACACGAUCCUCAGGGGCGUCGACCUCACGCUUCGCUCCGGCUCCCGAGUUGCCAUCGUCGGACCGAACGGGUCUGGUAAAUCGACGCUUCUCAAGCUUCUCGCGGGGCGAUUCCACGCCGCGACAGAGAACGCGGCGAACGGAGACACCACGGGGGCCGCCGCGGCCUCGGCGCUCGACGGGAGCAGCAGGGGCGUCGGUGCCCGGAGCCCGGCGUCUGGGAGUGAAGCCUGCCGCGGGGCGAGGGACAUGUCUGUGGGGCAGCCAAAGGAGACAGUGGUUCUCUUGUCUGGAGAGAGGCAGGUGCGGAAGCAAGUUGAAGACACGAUUUGUCUUUUCGAGCAACACAGAGCCGAUAUCUUGCCUCUUCAUAUGACACUCUUGGAGGCUCUGCGGUUUCUUCGCCAGCGGUACGCGCCCGCGAGCCACGGCGGCGAGGACGCGAUCCCGAGGCGGAGGCGGAAAGGACUCUCGAGUGAAGAAGAGGAAAACGCCUUUCGGGCAAUUUUGGGACGUCUCGGCUUCAAGGGGCAAGACGUCCACAAGCGUGUGUCUGUUCUGAGUGGCGGCGAGAAGGCUCGCGUCACCCUCGCAGGCCUGAUGCUCUCCGACGCGCCAUGUCGCAUUCUUCUCCUCGAUGAACCUACGAAUCAUUUGGAUGCCUUUUCUUCUGCGUCCCUGCAACGCCUGCUUCAAUCGUUUUCCGGAGCUCUCGUUGUGGCCACCCACGACGCCGCGUUCGCCGCCAAAGUCGCAAACGAAGUUUUCCUCGUCGACCGAAACCCACAGGGUGCCGCCUCAGACGCCCACGGGGCCCCCCAGGGGUCUCUGCGGCCCCUCGCGAGUGCGCUGGGCCCCUGGGAGGAAACACUCGACGCGGACGACGACGAGGACGAGGACGACGGCGAGAUGGGGGACAGCGCCGCCGCAGCGUCUGACGACGACGCCCGCGGGGUCGAAGAGCGAGAAGGAGAGACGGAGGAAUCCAAGGACACUGCAGAAGGAGAAGGCGGACGGGAAGCGAAGGGGGAACAAGGCAGAGAAGACGAGGAGGGAGAACCUGCGACAGAAGAGAUGGAAGAGACCUGUGGAGAAGAGAGGCGACAGGGUGGGGCAAACAGCGAAAGCCAAGGCCACAGGAAGGCGGCGAGCAUCCAGAGAUCCAUGGACUCCUGGACGGAUGGAUGGAUCAGGGAAAUGCGCCAACAAGGAUGGAGCCCGAUGGCCUCUCUCCUCUCGCAGCAGGUGAUUCAUCCGAGAGCGGGGGAUGGCAAACGAAAGGUCUCCGAAAAGAAAAGGAAAACGUUUGGUGGCAAGGGCGUCUCUGGAAGAGUCAAAGGUGUAAAGAAUUUGAAGAGGUGGACAGAGUAGAGUUGUCUUUGUGGGCUGCCAGUUACGUUGUGGGGGGUUGCCUGGAUUCGCUUGGUUUUCUCCGGGUCCAGGAAACAUAUGGAGGCGCCUCAAGCUUUGCCUGUCAAUGUGGAUGGCGGUGGCGUGUGGUGUCGUGUGAGCUGAACUCGAAAAUGUACGGCGAUUCCGAAACGUAUGCAGAUCAUUCCCUUGUCAAUCCUGGGGACGAGGAAGGUCUCGUCGCAGCACAAGAAUGCAUCAGCCCGCAUGGGUGGCGAUUUCUGCGCUCCUGUACCUGUGUUCGUGGUCACCUUCUUCCCUCUCGCGCGUUGUACAUGUCUUGUUUCUCUCUCGCCGAGACGUUGAGAACGAAAAGAAGGAAACAGGGCCAGAAAAGAGACAGCAGGGGCCGACGCGCCCUUCACACGGAUCCUAAUAACGAAUCUGCUCACCUCACGGUCACUCGAUUGAUCUCCCUC